AUGGAUACAGACAUUGAGAAGCAACAGCCGAGGCCACAUGAACAGUACAUUGCUGAAGAGGCUGAGUCACCACACCUCAGCAAAGAAUCCUUCGAACAGGACAUUGAAUCUUCAGGCUCGGACGACGAUGGGAUCACACUCAAACGUACUGUAUCCCGCAAACCACCUCACCCUCAAUGUCGUCUCUGCAAGCAAGGUCUCACAGAUGAAGAAGGGCAGCCUUGCCGUAAGCAUGAUGGCUUCGAGACGGAUCCCAAUCUUGUGCUCUGGGAGGGAGACGACGAUCCUGCGAAGCCCAUGAACUGGCCCAUGUGGCGUAAAGUCUGCUUCUCCAUUACUGCCAGUUGCUUCGUUAUCGCGGUCUCCAUGUCAUCGAGUAUAUUUGGUCCAGCUACCAAGACUACCGCCCAGAAGUACAAUGUCUUACAUGAGGUGAUGAAUCUGGGCAUCACUUUUCAUAUCCUCGGGUUUGCCUGUGGCCCUCUGAUCUUCGGUCCGCUGAGUGAAGUUCUUGGGCGUACCAUCCCACUUUGGAUAGGUCUCUUCGGAAUGGGCAUCUUCCAAAUACCAGAAGCUGUUGCUCAGAAUGUCCAGACCAUCCUCGUAUGUCGCUUCCUACAAGGUCUCUUUGGUAGUGCUAUCUUUGCUGUCGUUAGCGGUAUGUUUGUUGACAUCUGGACUCCAAUCCAUCGAGGUGUUGGUUUGGGAGCAUCAGCGACCUGUAUCAAUCUUGGCUCAACAUUCGCUCCGAUCAUUGGCGCUUAUGCUACCAAUCAUCUCAAUUGGAGAUGGACAGCCUGGCUCACUCUCAUCUAUAUUGGUCUGGUCGGCUUCCUUGGCAUCUUCAUUAUUCGCGAAACCUUCGAACCAGUCCUUCUGGCCCGCAAAGCCAAACGUCUUCGUUCUCAGACCGGAAACAGCAACCUCUAUGCCAAGUUCGAGGAAACCCCUGUCGACUUCAAGACUCUGGUGCAGAAGUACGCCACUAAGCCAGUACGCAUGUUUGUCAAAGAGCCCAUCUUGAUCUUCUGUACCAUCUACCUCACGAUCGUGUACGGAACACUCUAUCUCUCUUAUCAAGCCAUUCCCUUCUCUUUCCGUAAUCGAGGGUGGAGUCCUUCGGUUUCCUAUCUCCCUUUCAUCGCUAUUACCCUAGGUAUCAUUUCUGCCUGGAUCAUCUUCUCCAUCUUCACAUUGACAUGGUACAAGAAGCGAUGGCUCGUCAACAAGAGUGCACCACCCGAAGAUCGUCUGCCUCCCAUGAUUCUCGGCGCUUUCAUUCUUCCCCCUGCGCUCUUCUGGCUUGGCUGGUCACAAGAAACACAUUGGGCAUCCCAACUGAUAGCCGCCUACUUCGUCGGCCUAGGCUUGUUGCUAAUUUUCAUCGCUGGUAUAGUGUACAUUGUAGACACCUACUUGAUCAACAGCAACUCGGCAAUGUCUAUCCAUAUCGUGGGCUUGGGGACUGGGUGGGCGUGCUCGGUAUUGGGUUUUGUGUGUUUGGCUAUGAUGCCUGUGCCCAUUGUGUUUUACUACAAGGGCAAGACGAUAAGAAGUUGGAGUCGUUAUGCACCUGGUAUAUAG